UGUACCAGCCACAUUAUGAUCUCCUUUUUUCUUCUCUUAAUAGGAUCCGUGUUUAUGCUGAAGGUUCAAGUAAAUGACAUCAUCAGUCAUCAGUACCUGGCACAAGCGGUAGUGGAAGUGUUUGUUAACUACACCAAGACAAAUUCUACUCUCACUGGAAACAACGGAGCAGUGUUAAUAAAAGUUCCUUACAAAUUAGGAUUAAGCUUAACUAUCGUAUCAUACAAAGAUGGCUACAUGUUAACACCUUUGCCUUGGAAGACUGGGAGAAUGCCAAUAUACUCGUCUGUGACGCUCUCGUUAUUCCCACAAAGUCAAGCUAAUAUAUGGCUGUUUGAAGAUACUGUUCUGAUCACUGGAAAAUUGUCUGAUGCCAAAUCUCAACCAAGUGUUCAGUUUCAAAAAUCUUUAAUAAAGCUUCCAACAGAUCACCAUAUUACAAAUGUUACAGCUUAUUUGACAGUGCCAGAGCAAUUCUUGAAAGUGGACAGUUUUCUUUAUACGACAGGAAUUCUUCUGAACAAAUCAGGUUUCAAAAGUAUUGAAUUGGCUCCUCUUGCUGCAAUAUGUGCAAAUGUUCUCUUGGCUGGGAAAGAACUGAAAGUAAAUGGUCCUAUUCAGAUUACACUUCCUCUUCCUAUAAGUACUGUGAAAUCAGGAGAUGCUAUACCUGCAUGGACGUUUGAUAUGAAAACUGGUGCUUGGGUAAGCCGUGGCCUAGGAAUGGUAAAGGAAGCGAACGAUCAAUUAGUAUGGACAUACACUGCUCAACACUUAGGCUACUGGAUAGCAGCUCCACUGCCCGGAACAAGAGAAUCAAUCAUUAGUGCAGUUUCCAAGGACAUUACAGCCUAUCACACAGUGUUCCUUACAGCCAUACUGGGAGGUACUGUUAUCAUUAUAAUUGGAUUUUUUGCUGUUCUUCUUUGUUACUGCAGGGACAAAUGUGGUCAGACACAAAAGAAGGAAAAAAAUACAACAAAGCUGGAUGUCAUAAAAAAAGACCAGACCACAUCAACAACUCACAUAAAUCACAUCAAUGCUGUCAAGGGGUCUUUAAAGAUAGAGGAUAAGUCGCAACUGUAUACGCCGAAGAUGUCUUCAUACAGCCCUCAAAGGAGGAUGUCCACAGACACAGAAGAUGGAAAAUCACGAGACAAUUUUAAAAUCUACUCGGAAGAUGCUUCUUAUCAGUCAUCCUAUCAGACUGGUCAGUCAAUAAGUUCCCCUCAUUCCUUGGAGCCUGGUGCUGGACUCAGACACUUGCAGCCACCAAAGCAUACUAACGGUGCUACUUCCCAGGCUCCUAGGGACAUUCAAGAGCAAAACAGAUACCUUACACUGCAAGAGGAAAUAUACGGGCUUUCCCAUAUCCCAGAACAUCUAAUGCAUAUUUACAAUCAACCUAUUGCUAUUCUUCAAACUUCAGAUCUUUUCCAUUCCCCAGAGCAAUUGCACGCCGCUAAAUCAGCAACUCUGCCAAGGAAAGGACAGUUAGUGUAUGGCCCCAUGAUGGAGCCUGUGAAUCGAGACGGUUACAUACAAACACUACCUAAAAUGCCAGUGCACUCUCAUCCACAGCCUUCUGUCUGCAGAGAUGAGAAAAGCACCCUGGAUGGUGAACAAGGCUUGCCUUCUCAAACAUCAAACUGGAGUCGGUACACUAACAGCCUACUGGAAUCUGUCUCCGUCCCUGGGACGUUGAAUGAAGCAGUUGUAAUGACUCCGUUUUCAUCUGAGCUUCAAGGCAUCUCAGAGCAAACGCUACUGGAACUCUCUAAGGGAAAGCCAUCUCCGCAUCCUCGAGCAUGGUUUGUGUCUCUGGACGGAAAGCCGAUAGCUCAAGUGAGGCAUUCUUUUAUAGAUCUGAAAAAGGGCAGAAAAACAGAGAGUAAUGAUACCAGUCUGGACUCUGGUGUGGAUAUGAAUGAGCAUCAUCCUGGUAGGAAACUGGAGCGAGAGAAAACCUUCAUUAAAAAUAUGCCGCAUUCAAAAAUCCUUUACUUGGAAGAUCUGGAUCUGAGUAGCAGUGAAAGUGGGACCACUGUGUGUACUCCAGAGGACCAGGCUGUGAGGCACAUUCUGGAUGGAGGGAAUGGGCCAGCCACAGAACAGCAAGAUGAAGAGGGUCUAAGAAGAAAAACUGUGUCAGGAAGUCAGGAAUCCGGUAUCCCUUCCCCUAAAAAAAGGGAUAGGCCAUCUCUCACGAAAAGGGAUAGCAAGACUAAUAUCUGGAAGAAAAGAGAGGAGAGGCCGCUUAUUCCUAUAAAUUAAACACAAUGUGCUUUGUGUUGUUGCUCUCCCUGCUGGUUGUUGACCUCUUGGCUGCUUGUGUAAUUCUGCAGUGUAGGGUUUACAAGGGAAAUAUUGUUUUCUAGUAUCAAGAAAAAUUAACGUUUUUUAAUGUACAGAUUGAGUUACUAUAACUUCAACUGGGCAAUUGAUAUUCAAUGUGAAUAGAUAACAGGGAAACACAUGAAAAGUUUCCAAUUCCUAAUUUUGCUGGCAGUGUAGAGAGGGUCCACAUUUUAAUUAGCCUGUCUUUUUUUUUUUGACACAACUCUUGGAAUGCACAGUGAGAAAUGUAGGCACAUCUUUCGUUUGUUGAUAUUUUUUUUAAAUUUUUACUAAAGCAUCACUAUAGUGGCUCAAGCCAUUUCUCAGUCUUGUUCCUAAUAAAUGUGAUUAUCUGUACAGUAUUUUAUAUGUGAAUUUUUCUAGGGAUUUGUCACUACCACUUUGUAUAAUGCUUCAUCAUUUAGUCCCAUGGCACCAGAAGAAGAGCUCUGUUGGAUUUUUCAGAAGAGUUCUAAAGCAUUACUGUCCUCUCUGUGUCCAUUGAUGUGCAAGAGGUAACUGUUUUGUAUAGCAGUGGCAGCAGGGGGACCUGUACCAUGCUGUGUGGUUACUGGAGUUCAUGAUCUCUGCUGUCAUAAGAUGUUGCUUAUCUUUUUUAGUCCACUUGGUUUUGAACUGAAGAUGUUGAUAACUGGCAUCAGCAUCCACCUCCUGCAGAAAAGGACUGGUUCUGGUCACAUUUAGAGCUGCUGUUACUGCUAAUCUCAGUGGCUUCUUUAAGCUUUGCUACUAGUUAAAAUCUUCUGCAUACUGUUGAAAGAGUUGUGCUCCAAAACAUCGUCUUGGAUUCGUUCGGAUUUGUAAGUUAGAUUUUGGACUGCGAUGAAAAAGUGUGCAAGUUUAGACAAGUUAUGUUAUAGUAUGUAAUAGUGCCCUUUGAUAGGAAAGCUGUUGCUUUUUAUUUUAUGAUUUGGAGAUGUAUGUGCCUACAUUUUACUAAUUCAAGCUUCUUAUGUCCUAGAUUGUGCAUCACAGUGGAGUUCAGCAGGCUUUAAAAAUUGGGGUUUUUUAUAAGCAUGAGAGCAGAUUGCGAAAUUUGAUCUGUAAUGCAAUAUAAAUACUACUUAUGACUCAACUUAGAGUUAAACUUACCAAAAGUCAUGGAUGCAUGAAAUGUAACUAAGAUAUGUAUAGAGGAAGGGAAAGGCCAUCAAAAUGUUCUUUAUUUUUAAUGUUCAUCUUGUCGAAGUGAGAGUUUCAACUUUGGCUAACAGAAAAAUAUACGUACCCUUUGAACGUGCUUUGAACCAUAUAUAGAAUAUCUUUCUGUGGCUUUUAAGAUGCUUCCCUGAUUAAAUAAGUUCCAGCAUCUUGGCCUUGGCAGUUUGAUUACGAAUCUUCUUAAAAUAAUGUUAUAAAUAUUUCCUCUAGUUUGUAGUAGUUUGGGUUCAACAGUGAGGCCCAAGCAUGAAAUGCAUGCAGGUAGACUGUAGGGUGCACUUAGUUGAAGCACACGUUGAUUUUCUUCCGUGCCAGUGCUUCAGGAAUUCUUCUGAGAAUUCAGGGGUGGGAGUAAAGUAUGGUGGGGGUGUUUAUUAACAUCCAUCCCACAAGUGCACUCAGAGUUGGGAAAUAUCCUAUGUGGCUGGCCUUCUGGGAGCAUUCACUCAGGAAAUUGUUCUGUGAACUAUGUUUCUUCUUUUGGGAUUGUCAGUUGUCUGGUGGCUUUUUCUAGAAGAAUAUGUAAGAUAAUUGGAAUGGUACUAGCAGUCCAUUAGUCCAAGUUUUUCUGAUGUCUAAUUCUAAUUCUCUUUGGCCAAAAGACUCAGAUUUAAUUAUGCAGUUCAUCUAUUUUAGAGGUUAAGAUGGCUUGCCAUGUUAGCAUCCCUUGAAGUGUAUUUUCAUAUGAACGCACAAUUUAUUGAAAGUUACUUUUACUUUAGAGGUUCAGUAUUGCCCUGCUUAGAGUUGCAUCAGUUGUGAUGAGUCCCUUUUAGAAAAGAGACUUUCAUAUAUUCUGUUGAAAAUAACAGUAAAUCCCUGAAGUGGAUUUGAGUUGUUUAAAUUUAGUAUCGUUUUCCUACAGUAAUUUAAAUAUACAGCAGAUUCUUUAUCUUGUUUAAAGCCGUAUUUUAAAUUGUAGGUACCAAGACCACCUAAUUCCUUAAACUCACUUUUAUCAUGGAAAGGCAGAGACUGUAGCAAAUGGCUUUAUUCAUGUGAGUUCAAGUGAAUGAAAUUUUGCGCUCCAGUGUUCCUGUUCUGCAUCAGAGUAGGUAUCUGGUCACCAAAGAAAAAGGAUUAGAAAUUUUGAAAAGAUCAGUUCAGGAUUUCAAAAGAGCAGUUUCCAAAGAUGCACUGAGCUUGUGCUGAUUCUUGUCUGCUGUGUUGGUGCAUCACAAGCAAGGAGUGGAGUUACUCUCUGAACCUUCAGUCUAAAUGGUCUUUGGCUGUCUGGAUUAAGCCACAAUUUUGCUCUUGUAGUUUAAAAUGGCCUCUUGAAAGGCCGUGCAUAAGUGCAUCAGCUCCUAGGCAGCCAAGCAAGUUGGAGGGGAAUAUUAUUAUUAAGAAUUUCUUGCUGCUGAGCUUCUCGGUAGUAGGAAGCAAAAUGAAUUUCUUUCUGAAAACGUUCUUUAUGCUCUGAUAAUUGAUAGAGAUGAUUUAUCUGUGUGUAAAGUACGUGUCCUUAGUAGCCUUGCAAUAGCUGUAGCUGUGGUGGGACAGCUCCUAUCAAUAUCUUCUUUGUGAAUGAAGGGCCUCGGUUCUCUCUUGCCUAAUGAGGAUAUGAGCAUUUGUUUGUGUGGAGUAUUUAAAUUCUUUUCUAGAGUGCACAAGCAGCAGUAAAGGUAAUGCAAUUUCCAAGACUGUCUUUAACUGUUGCUUCUGUCCAUGCUUUGCUUGCUUUGUAGGUCCCAUAUGUCAACUUGACUGUACGUGACUUGCUAGCAUUUAUCUGUGUUGUCAUAUGCUGCUGGUAACACUUGAGAAGACUUUUCUUUAGCUGUAUGUGGGAAGAUAGAUGUAUGAAAACAGAUGAUGCCCCUAAGCGCACAGUGAGAGGGAAUUCUUCCCUGGCCCUAACUUGAGCAUUAAGUCUUGGAUUUCAAAAUCCGCAUGCAACUCUAAAAUACUUAAAACACUUGAUAUCCGUAUGCAGUAUUUACAGGUUAUAUUCUGUAAAUAUAGUCAUCAUUUUCCAUUCAUGUGUUGGAACUUGGUGCUCUAGGAACCUGUAUUACCUCCUAGUGACUGGAAUUCUUUAUUUUACUCAUCCUUUCAAGAAGUUCUGCUACAUUGAGUUCUAAUAUUUUAAUUGCAGAUACUGUAUGCUAUGUGUAUGUAGAUGGAGAAGACAAAAUGUUACCGUGAUGCUGAGUUUCUUGCAGCUGGGUAUAUCUUUUCUAUGUGUUAGCAGGUUUUGACGAGGUGGUUGAUGGAGUUAGCUGAGACCUUGAUUCUGCAAUGAAUGUGUAUGGCUCAGAUCAGUGCUUUGAUGCACUAUAAUCAUUUUCAGGAUCUAAAGGGGGACUAAAAGAAGGGGAUGGAUUUUUUAGCAGAGUCUGUUGUGACGGACAAGGGGAGGUUAUUUCAAAAUAUAAAGACAUAAAGAAGAAGUAUUUUACAGUAGGAAUGGUGAGGUGCUGGAGGUUGUCCAGAGAUGCAGCGGAUGCCCUGUUGUUGGAGACACUUGAGGUCAGGCUGGAUGGGGCUCUGAGUACCAUGGUGGAGCUGUAGAUGUUCCUGUUCAUUGCAGGGGAGUUGGACCAGAUGACCCUUAGGGGUCCCUUCCAACUCAAAAGAUUUUAUGAUAAUGUAAAUGAUCAGAUUAAAUAACACAUAGCUGUAUAUACAUUAAUAUGUGUACGUUAACUGGAAUACGAAUUACCUAGUAAACAGUAAUUUUCUGAUGUUUAUAAAAAGUCAGGUACUACAGCAAUUUUAAAAAAGGAGAAAUGCUUAACAAUUACAUUAGAUUAGCAAGGAAAAAUCUUUUUAAUACUGUCAGAAUUAGGAAAAGUCUGUUAUCUUAUAAACCUGAAAGCACAACUGAUUUGAUAAUUAGGGACGUUAUUUACCAAUGCAGAGCUAGAGAUGUUGCACGAGAGAUAAUCCAGUAUGUAGGACUGCACAUUUUUAGUUGUCUGCUCUGUUUCUGUGCAGUAAUUUGUACCAAAGAGGGUGAGAUGAUUAGGCAGCACUUCAAAUUCUUCUCGUUAGUUAAAAUAUGAAGCAGAUUAACAAUAUUAUUGUUACAAUGUUGUACAAAUGAAAAUACAGUACACUUAAAACCGUUGUCCACUACAGCAUAUUGAAACGUGGCAUACUAGGAAUAUUUAAAGAGCUAAAUUAGCCUGCUGAAGUGCCUUUCUCUUUCAUCAGACUUAUUUUAUCAGUGGGACACAUGACUAUCUGAGAAGCACAGGUAUGUGUUUUUUUUUCUGUUAGCCAAAAACCCCAAUUCAAACUUUCAGUUGUGUAGCUUUUAUAAUGUUUUCAAAGGCAGAUCUAGUGUUUUUAUGUUGGAAUAAUGAAUUCUGCAUGUUGAUGAUGAUGACUGUUGUACACCCUGUCUUUUUUGUAUUUUAUGUUUGAAAAGAAAUUAAAGAAGUAUAUCUUUAGCAAUCUGAACAGUAGUAUCUUUUAAGAAACACAUAUGGAAUCCAGUUCUCUUUAGUAAGCCAGAAUGAAGCAUCUUGGAAGUCACUGGGAUUAUGAGUCUGAAUCUGUUUUUUUUUUAACUUGAGAAAUGAAAUUAUUAUGUUUUUAAUGUACAAACUGUGAUGAUGAUAAAAAGCCACUGUCAGUUGCUAACCCUCAUUGGCAGUAGGAGGUAUAUUGAGUUAGGUGUACUGAGUUUUAUUUGUGUUUUAAAACCAGUUUAUAUCUCAUUUUGAGGCCUCACCUGCAUUGUUUACACAAUCGGAGCUUCUUCAUUGAUUUGUUUUCUUGUUUUUUCAAUUUGUUGCAGUUGUUCUCACACAAAACACAGUGAUAGACCUACAGAGUUACAAAUGAGCAUUCUUUUAUAGAACUCUUACUAACUUUUGCCACAGUUCUAGCAGAGGACAGGUACGUUUCUUUUAAAGAAAUCAUACUAAAAGUGGGUUAAGAGAUUUUAAUCUGAAGUUCAUUUUCUUUUAAAAGCAGUAUUCAGUGUGUUCUGCUUAUUAAAAGACAAAAAUUACUUAAGAUUGUUUUCAAGACUAGCAGAAGAAAUCUAUGUUUUAAGUCUUUACUAUUAACAUUUACCCUGAAAAUUAUCUUACAAAAUAAAACUUUUUUCAUUCAAUUUACAAUUACUGAACAUUUCUAUAUUUGCAUCUAUCCAAAAAGUGUACUGGUACAUUUUUCCUCAGUUUAAUUUUUCAGUUCCUUUGAAGCACUUGCUGCACUUCAGUCCAUGUUAGAAGAGUACUAUUUUUACAACAUCUUGCUACUGUGUGUGAAGACACUGUUGAGUGCACAAUUUGUGCAUGCAGGCCAUAGACCAUUGUUGAGGUACCAAAAUGUAGGUGAGCUGAUGGUUGUGGUCAUCACCUUGCGUGUUGGAGCUUUACACUCAGCAGGCACUUCAUUACCUUGGCACUCAUUUUCAGGAAUGUUCAAGAACAGAUGAGAUCUUCAUUUAGAAUGUUCCUGAUGUCCAGCAUCCAGGUUUUAAGUAUUUUUACCUUUUUAUAUUUUUUUCAGAGGUGUCUUCUAAUCUCUGUUUAUUACAGUGUCAGUGAAUAUGUUGCUGAAAAUGUAACUAAGACUUGUAAAAUGUUAGAGUUUAUGCAAUAUAAUAAAAUAGUUAAAAGUCAUCAGUGCCAUAACUUCAAUUUUUAUGGUCUUUGAAAUCACGUGUUGUCCAGGAACACACUGGUCUCACUUUUAUCUUUGUUAAAUAAUGUUAAAAUAUAUUCUGUAUUUCUUCCAUGGCCAUAAUUCCAGUGUUCAACCAAUGUUAUCCUGUUAUCCACCUUAGAAGUUCACCAAUUCUAAUUCAGCCAUAUUCUGUUCCAUUUCUAGUGAAGAAAGCCUUUGAUUUCCACAGUGCGUCUAAUUCCUCUUCGUUUGCUGGCGCAGCUAAAAGUAUUACCUGUGUAAAUUGAUUUUGUUGAAUUGGAAGGAAGUACCCAAAGAAAAAGAAUACUAUUUCAGAUUUUGUUCUUGCUCAUAAUCUUUGUUUUUUCUCCAUUCUUUCAUUUAGAUACUUUCUGUGACUCCAAGAGCAAAUAAGAUUUCUGCAUGUGUAAAUGUGCAGAAGCAUCAGUUCUACCUACAGAUAAUCUCAAAAUAUCCAGGUAGAAGAACAGAAUGAUUAUAUGAUAUAGAAGAGCUUAAACCAAACUUCAGGGUUUGAAGUAAUGAUUUUAAUUGCAUAUAGCGCAAGCCUUUUUCUCCUUUUCAGCUUUACAAAAGCCAUUUGUCAAUUAUUUUGUGUUUGUUCAAAAAUGCUGCAAGACUACAAGAAAGCAUGCAACAAAGGUUUUCCUACCAUAGCGGGCAUUCACAUGUGUUCUGCAAUCUAGUGUCUGAGAAGCUAUCAUCUUUGAGGAGAUUACUGGCUUUAUUCUUAUUGUCACAGAAAAAAAUAUUUUCCAACUUCCUGAGAAGUUGUUUCACUUUAUUUAAACCUAUUGUGAUUCUGUUAGUUGCUUUGAAAUGGACGGAGUUUCCUUUGUCUCUACAGGAAAGCAAAGCAAUCUUAUGAAUUUUAUUUCCAAUUCAGUAGAAGAAAACUCUAUGUCAGUCAUAUUUCAUUUUAAUCUAAAGAUUAAUUAUCUGGGUCGUCAGAUCUGUAAAUGCAAAUAAUUAUAUGAAAACUGAGCUGAAGUUCAACUUGAUCAGCUUGUCAUAAGAAAACCCCACAAAACUCAAGCUCUGUGGAUUACUCAUAAAAGAUCAAUUCAAGUCUGUGAGUGGGUGACACUGGUAAGUUUGUUCUAAAGCAAUUGCAAUAAAUUUUCGUUUCUAUUAAAGUUAUAAAGAUAUAUACUGUAUACUACAUCAAGGUUUACUUCCUCUUCUGAGUAUAAAUUAUGAAUAUCUAUAAAUAUCUGCUGAGUGAACUAUAGCAGAUCUUCAAGAAAGAACCUGAGACUAUAAAUAGGUUCUUGUAUAUCUCCCUUUUAUUAUUGUACACUGAAAAUAGCAGUUGAUACGACUUUUUUCAGCAGUAAUGUUAAAAUCAGUCUGGCUUUAUUUCUUACAGCUCUGAAUAAGAACUUUGUUGUAAUUGGUUUUUCAAGAAUAUCAAAGCUGUACUCAUUUUACAUUUCUUGGAGCAAUUUACUUGACUGAAGGCUAAAAACUUAAACAGCAACAAUUUCACAAGUACACAGCUAUUUUCUGAAACAUCUACAUCAGCCAGGUCAGUUCCUGUGUUUAUUUGAGAUGAUCUAAUGUAAACACUUCGUGCAGCAGUGAAUUAAUUUUUGUGGCAUAUACAAUGAAUGACAUUUGAUUCUUCAUUUAUUUCUUUGUUACCUGAUCUCCCAGAAAUCCUGUGUAUGGAAUACAAAAGCGAAAAUACAGCUGUGUUACUUAAAACAAGAAAAUUAUGAGCUGGUAUGGAGAGGAAAUCCUUCCAGGAAUAAAUUUAUGUUUGUAGGUUUAAAAUUGAGAUGAUGAGGGAGUCAUUGUCUUAAGAGCUUCUGUUGAUGGCUGGUCUUUCCCACUUGUUUACUGGUUGUUUGUUUUUUUAAUGAAGAUUGGCUUGCUACAUAGAUAGGUGUGAAAAUUCAGCAGUCUGGGAUGUCUUUGAAUUGAGGAAUUAUCACAGACACCGGUUUUAAAAGCAAAUGUGUUAUUUGUACUGCCGUUGUCAAAGUGAUGUGGGCUUCUCAAAGCUUCAUUUGUUUAAUCCUUUCUAAUGGUAUUGGGACUUCCCAGAAAAUGCUGCCUCAGAAGAGCUUAGAGAAUUAUCCUCAUCACGCUUCGAAUGCUCACUCAGAGUUCUGCUCUUAUGAUCAGAAUCACCUCCUAGAUGGGGUCAAUAUAACUGCUUAAAAUUAAAUCCUUUUCAGACACUGGCACACUUCGUUAUAACGUGUUUUGAAGCUACUUGGAGAACUUUCUGAUUAGUGUUCAAGUGAUACUUGCUUGAUUAAAUAUUCAUUUCCAAAGGCAUGUGUUUCUGGUUCCACUUUUUUUGCAAGUUUUCUAAUGUGUGUAUGAGAACCAUUUGGGAAGUGUUCAUGUUUGACUGGCAUAUCCUUUCAAGUCAGAGCACGGUAUACAACACAUUCAUCAAUAGGACAUGGGUUUUUUGGUGCACUAGCCAACUGUCAAUACAUUCCCUAUGACACUUAAAAGACAAAGGUCAGUUGUUAGCAUAUUUCUCAGCUAAGUAUGGGCUAAUCAAUUGUUUGACCAUACAGCAGUAAUUCAAUUUUGUCCAGUGUUCAGGGUGUCGAGAGGAACUGAGCACAAUGCAAGCUGUGCUGCUGAUGAGUAGAGUGAAUACAUAGAGUGAACCCUUAAACUUCCAAGAACACCAACUAAUAUGUUUUUUUAGCUUGAACAGUUGCAUAAUGUAUUCAUUCAAUGUUAUUGAAUUUUUGCAGUAGUUUGUGUGAGUUUUCUGAACUACGUUGACUGGUUGUUGUAUUAGGAAUAUUGCUAUAUGUUCUUAUUAAAAUGUUUAUCUUGUUGUGUAUAAUGUUUACUAUUUCUUCAGAUGCUAUUUAGGGGAGUGUUGCGAGAACAUGUUUUUUGUUUUUGUUGUUUGUUGUAGUGGAUGGUGCAGAAAAAGACGAGCUCUUAAUUCUCUUGAAGACGUAAUACUUCCUUGGAACGCUUUGCUAGGUUAAAGCUUUUGUAUGUUCCUCUUUGAUCUGAUGGUUCUGAAAGCAGUUCAUACCAUUUCCAUUUCUUAUUUCUCUUCUGUUGUGCAAAAUAAUUGAGAUAAAUGGAAGUCAAGAUUAAGUGCCUUUGUAAAUGAUUUAAAAAAAAAAAAAGUAGCU